UCGAAGUACUCUCUCUCUCUAAAAGCAUGAACUAGGCCAUCUCUCUCCCUCAAUCUCUCCGUCCUCUUUCUCUCUCUAAAAACACACAAUUUUCUCUCUCUAGGUUCUAAUUGUUUAUAAAAGUUUCAACUCAUUGUCCAUUUGCUUCCUAUCCAUACAUUUUUGAAACAGAAAACAAAACAUAGUAUUUGUUUGAAUCGAAUGGCUGUGGUUUUUCAAGGAAUCGGAGCUGCGACAGCGCUCUCGUCUACCAAUGCUUUCGAUUCCAAAAGAUUGCUGUUCUCGUCUCGCAUAUCGCUCUUAGAGAGGAAAUCAAGUUUUUUCGUUGUAAGAUCCGAUGGGAGAUUGAAGUUUGGUUCAAAUCCCAGACAUCGCAAAGCUGAUCAAUUGAUUACAAAUGCAGUUGCAACAAAAGCUGAUAGUUCAACGCCUUCAACGGCAUCCAAACCUGGGCAUGAACUUUUACUUUUUGAAGCCCUUCGUGAAGGCCUGGAGGAAGAAAUGGAGAGAGAUCCCCGGGUGUGCGUAAUGGGUGAAGAUGUAGGUCAUUAUGGAGGGUCAUACAAGGUGACAAAAGACCUGGCCAAUAAGUACGGUGAUCUCAGGGUUCUUGACACCCCCAUCGCCGAGAACUCUUUCACAGGCAUGGCCAUUGGAGCUGCUAUGACUGGCCUUAGACCAAUCGUUGAAGGAAUGAACAUGGGAUUUCUCCUUCUAGCUUUCAACCAGAUAUCCAAUAACUGUGGCAUGCUUCACUACACAUCUGGCGGACAGUUCACAAUCCCAGUGGUUAUCCGGGGACCUGGUGGAGUUGGUCGACAACUUGGGGCUGAGCACUCGCAACGCCUCGAGUCUUACUUUCAAUCAAUCCCUGGGAUCCAAAUGGUGGCAUGCUCAACCCCUUAUAAUGCCAAGGGCUUAAUGAAAGCUGCCAUUCGAAGUGAGAACCCUGUGAUACUAUUCGAGCACGUUUUGCUUUACAAUCUGAAGGAGAGGAUUCCCGAUGAAGAAUAUGUAUUGAAUCUUGAGGAAGCAGAGAUGGUUAGGCCCGGGGAGCAUGUGACUAUCCUAACCUACUCUAGAAUGAGGUAUCAUGUGAUGCAGGCUGCAAAGACUUUGGUAAACAAAGGGUAUGAUCCCGAAGUUAUUGAUAUCAGGUCACUGAAACCAUUUGAUCUUCACACAAUUGGGAAUUCAGUGAAAAAGACACAUCGUGUACUGAUUGUAGAGGAAUGCAUGAGGACAGGUGGAAUUGGGGCUAGUUUGACAGCAGCUAUUAAUGAGAAUUUCCAUGAUUAUUUGGACGCCCCGGUUAUAUGUUUGUCGUCACAGGAUGUGCCAACGCCAUAUGCUGGGACGUUGGAGGAAUGGACUGUGGUUCAGCCAGCCCAGAUUGUUACUGCAGUUGAGCAGCUCUGCCGGUAGUGGGCAGCAGCUAAAAGUAGCUGCUGUGCCUAAAUUGCAGAUCUGAUAGGACCUUGUGUUCCUAAUAUCUAUGCUAUAGUUAUGGUUUGCAGCUUUGCUUUGAAUUUCUGUUGUAUUUGAGAUUUUGCUGGGAGGGUUUUGUGGUGUUUAAGAACUUGCAAUUGUUUAUUUAGUUGAGAUGUUUUUGUCUGUUGUUUUCAGCACGUUCAAUGGUAGUUAGGAUUCUUGUUUAUGUACACCCAAGCACAGAUCGGAAAUGUGAGGAUUACAAUUGUGAUACCUGAUUUUGCCUACUAAAUUCUGAUACAUUUGGA